AUGAAGCAGCUGGCAGAAGACCGCAAGAAGCGCAUCGCAGACACCUUCAAUUGUACAGAGCAGCCCAUCUGUCACGUCAAGGCUUUGAACCUUACCCUUGUCGAUGAGGAAAAACUGAAUCAGGCGCUGAAUGAGUCUAAGGCACCACAGUCUCUCUUGGACGUAUGGCCACGGUACGUCGAAGCCAUCCGCUAUACCAUCGACUGGACGUACUAUAUCCGAGGCUACACGGACUAUCUUGCGUCGAACUAUUCGGGCAACACGCCUCCGCCGUUUGAUGUCAUUCACACAGUGGUUACGCUCUUGGAAGCCAAUGAAAGGGACAAUGCUGUCUGGUUCUAUGACCUGGAUGAGAAGCAAAACAAGCCCGCUAAGGUUCGGGCCAAAAGCAUAGACUGGAACUCGUACCCUUACGCUGCCAUUGUCUCCCUCGGCAUGGGUCCUGAGUUGACGAACGAGCAGCUAUCGCCCCAAGCCAAAAUGCGCCUGGGCAUCGCCGUCACGCAGCUUCACAAGGGUCAAGCCCCAUGGAUUGUUACGGCUGGUGGCGCCGCGCUUCCUGCCAAGACACCGUACACCGAGUCGGAACAAUUGCGACUCUGGCUCAAACAGCAGUACCAUUUGGAUGACGAGUAUAUUGUGAUGGAAUCUCAUUCGCGGCACACCACGACCAACCUGCGUAAUUCAGCCCGUACGCUGCACGCUCUAGGCGCACCUAAGGACAAGCCCAUUCUGGUUGUGACCAACUCGGAUCAGUAUGAGUACAUUCUUCAGGUCGGUACACACUACAAAUUCAGCAGCACUCUGCUCUACGCUAGUCAACGUGACUUGGGCUACUACAUCGGACAUAUCAAGCCCGUGGACGACAAGUUCCUGGUCGAGUACCGUCCGAACUGGGAAAAGAUCUUCCUUGUAGACCCAAUGGACCCGAUGGAUCCAUAA